GCGCAGUUCACUUCCCGUUUUGAAUCGUGAGGCGCGAGUCUAUACGUUCGGAAAACAGGCAGUGAGGUCAAAAUGAAGACAUCGCGAGGGUCCGGAAGGGCCUCAACAAAGGGCCCCAGAGGAACCGCAGAGAGGAAGACAAAUAAGUCUAAGCCCAGCACUGCAGACUCGCACCGGGGACAGUCACAGAAGAACGGAGCAGUGGCCAGAAACACCAAAAGUCAGCAAUCAUGGAAGCCGCUGUCCAAGUCUUCUCUUCUGGCUCUUGACAACAUGCUGGGUUUGUCUUUUCUAUCUGUUCUGACAUUGAAAAACAAAGAAAAAGACGAAUCCCAGAAGCAUCUCAACCUUCUCAAAAAUCAGUUUCUGGCUCAGUGUGCACAGCUUUCUGUUCCUCCCAGAAAAUAUGGAGACAUCAUCAACGUUUCCCAUCAAUUCAAAGCCGAGAGCAAGAAGUCUGAGCAGGGCAAGAAAACGCUCGAGGCUCUAGAGGAGAACAUGCGCUCGAUUGUUGGCACUCUCGAGGAGAUGGAAGUAAAGAUGGACCGUUUGGAAGAGAAAUGUCGGAUUUUCAGGAGCAGAAUAGAGGAGGAAGAGGAAAACGCGCAAGAGGUUCGAGUCUUGCUUGUUCGAACAAGCAAGAUUCUUCAGCUGCCAAAACAGACAGUCCUGCGCCUUCCUGCUUUACCGCCUCGUCCAGUCAAUGAGCCGUCACUACAGGAGCACAUGAUGAAGAUGGUACCCAAUCCCAGUGCAGUGGUCAAAGCUCUUCAGACAGAUCCAGUCGUGGAGGAUGUGAGGACGUUCCUGACUCUUGCACACAAGCAGGUGGAUGCAGUGCAGACAGAUAGAAACACACUCCUAGACUAAUGUUAGUGACCUUACAACCACAGGACAGACUCGCACACCAUUCAGAAGAUUUUAUUAUUAUUGUAUUCUUUUUUCACGACAAAAGCAGUAGUUGAACUAAAUAAUUGCUUAUGUAUUUCAAAAUGACUCAUUGUGUAACAGCACCUUACAAACAUGACAUUUACCGGAUGUGAGUUCUUAACUCUUACCUUAUCUAAUCUGUGUAAAAAGAUUCAUCACAUGCCUUAGUUGUGCAGUUCACAUGCUUGCUAGUUUUUAUAUGUGAUCUGACAAUUAAAGCUUUGAAAAUGAAUUGAAAAUGUUUCUCUGUACUUUAAAGUCCGCAUACCUACUUCCACAGAUACCUGGUAGCAUUUCUGCGGCUUUCUUAAUACUGAAUCUGAGAACUUCACUGUUCUGUUGAAUGUCUUUGAUAAGUUGUUGAGUUUUUUUAAACGCAAAGGCCACACGAUGGUGUCGUGAUUUCUUUGAUAACAAUAAAAACAUGCUCCAAAUCCUUUCGUGUCCUGAAAAUACAAAGGUCCAUUGAAAAUAAAGGUCUCUUAUGUUGCACCAUGA